AUGGAGGAGGGGCCGUUCAAACAGGGCCGCCCCCGCCAAGUGGGAGCACCUGAGGCCGCUGCAGCCGGACACGCUGCGCCCACCAGUAAUCAACCUGAAUGUGGAAGAUGAGGUACGGUUUGUAAGAAAGACACUGAAAGUCACAAAGCCUCGAUUUGAUGCGUCCUUGGUUUAUUUGACCCGAAAAUUCAUGGAUCUUGUCAAAACAGCUCCGGAUGGUGUCCUUGAUUUAAAUGAGGUAGCCACAACUCUUGGAGUACGAAAACGAAGAGUAUAUGACAUCACCAAUGUGUUGGAUGGAAUCCACUUAAUUCAGAAAAGAUCUAAGAACCUUAUCCAGUGGGUAGGUUCUGAUCUUGAUCAAGUUUUUGGAGGGGCACCAGAACAACAAAAACUGAGAGAUGAACUUUCUGACCUGUCAGCCAUGGAAGAAGCUCUGGAUGAAUUAAUCAAGGAUUGUGCUCAUCAGUUGUUUGAACUAACAGAUGAUAAAGAAAAUGCAAAACUAGCUUAUGUGACAUACCAAGAUAUCCAUAGUAUUCAGGCAUUUCAAGAACAGAUUGUUAUUGCAAUCAAAGCUCCAGAAGAAACAAAAUUGGAAGUACCAGCUCCUAAAGAAGAUAGCAUAGAAGUGCAUAUAAAGAGCACAAAAGGACCUAUUGAUGUGUAUUUAUGUGAAGUGGAACAAGAUAAGCGAGGUGCCAAAGCUUUUGAAGAUACAGAUACUGUGACGUCUGAAAUUAAGUCAUCAGUACCUCCCGAUGAAGAGUGAGAUCUCCAAAAGCAAGCUGUGAGAUGUAAGAGAUGAAUUACAACUUAAAAUCUAAUGCAGAUUGUAAAUAUCUGUGUUAUAGAGCCUUUUCAAAACUGCUUGGAACUGCAAACUUACUGACCUGAAAUGCUGCAAAAUGUUUUAAAUUUAAAACAGCAGUGGGUUGGUUGAGAGUUUUCACAAGCCUGCUUAUCUUCCUAAAUUAAAGGAAGACAGUUCCUAGAGUUGCUUUUAGGAGUUUUGUUUUCAUAUUUGCAUGUGAUCUACAGUGCUUUGGGAAAACGGCCCUUUUAGCUUAUGAAAUAACUUUAAAUUGAUGGAAAACACAGGCAAGAAAUAACUUGUAAAAAUGAAGAUCCA